AUGGCCGAUUUCGAUCUCUUCGCCUCGUUUUCUCCCACGCCAGAGAAGACAAAGACAGACAAUCACUUCCAAUGGACCCCUGCCACCGAACAACUCCUUCUGGGGUGGCUGGAGAAGAAUAAAGGCCCGGACGGGCUACUACAACAGAAUCUCACACUGGCCAUUGCUGAACUGGUGGCCCAGCUCCAGACCCAUUCCAACUUUGGACCCGGGGGACGGUCUCGCAUGCUUGGGGCCGUCACCAACAAAUUGAGACUGCUAUGGAGUGAUUACAGACUGGCCAAGUAUCAAUACACACCAUAUGACGCCCCCACGUUCUUCGAAGAGGUGGACGACAACUCUAAUCCAUCCCAUCAAUCGGGGAUAAAGCGCAAGAAUGAGGAUGACCCGGGUUCGAGUCUCGAUCAAGGUGACUGCUCGUCACGGAAACUUGCAAAAUCAACGGAGCGUGACCGGAGCGCCAUACCAACGUUUCCCGAUGACGACGCCCUACAAAUCAAACGUGUUGGCGAGCUGAAACGUGUGAUGCAGACACAUGCCGCGGCCCCGUCGAAGCAGGAGGCCAGCCAGGCACUGAAUAAUGCUGAUAAGCUCGGGCCACCGAUUGCAGCAGGCCACUCAGCUUCGGCUCAGGGAAUACUUUUGGGGCAAGCUGACGUUGAAGGGUUUUGCAAAACCCACCGUGGAAAACUAUCGGCUCUCUUGCAGAACUUGGUCAAAGUUCCCGAUCCAAACAUGUUUCAAACGACCAUGGAGGAGAUCAAUUAUCUCUGUAGGGCGAGUGUCAAGGCAUAUUUGCUCUCGGCGGGAGUGGCGAGCAACGAACCCGUCAUCCUGGAUCUGAACAUGUACCCACCACGCCUUGAGAGACUUCUGGAAUUGCUCGUUCCACGCCGCUCUCGCCAGUCCUUUGAGGCAAGGCAAUCAAGAACAGGUACAGGCCUGCUUACAGCCUUUGUCCAAGCGCUCAUCACGCGGGCCGUCACUGAUUGGUGCUUUGACCCGGUUCCAAACGUGGACGACUUCUUCGGCAUCUCAUUGCAUGGCAUAUUCCAAGAAGUCCACCAAGCACAGUUUGGGAGUCUCAUGACGGCUAAUUUGAAAGCAAAGCUUUGGGCGACCUACAUUGACAAACAAUUGCUCCCUCGCAUUCACGAUCGAGCUGUACAAAUGGCUUCUCAGGCGGUCUUGUACGUCGAUUUGCUGUUGCCCUUCCCGCCUUCCUACCAACCUGUUCGAUGUGCUACGGGUGUGCAGUGGUGUCAAUCGAUUGAUCAAUUGCCACCCGCUGAUGCGGCCGCCGAGUCCGAUCCCUUCCAAGAGCCUGCCGGGCGAGCUCUCUUCCGAGUCCAACUGAUCACUAUUUUUGAGAGGGCUCUCAAGUGGAGAAUGGAACAGCACAAGAACCUCGAUAUGUGUCUGGGGUUCCGAUUCCCAGCGUUUGGAGAUGCCUUUUCGUCUGGUCGGAUGAGCAGUCAGCCUGGAGGUAGCGAGAUCGACGGGCGUGUCUUGCUGGGUAUGGGCCCAAUCGUUGAGCAGAACGUGCGGCAGGUUAUAUUGGGCAAUUUUCUCCCUUCGAGGGUGGUUGCAACUGCAAGUGUGCUGACAAUGCCACCAGAGGUUGAACAGCCAUGA